AUCGAGGAAAAUUUUAAACAAGAUCCAUUAUGUAAAUCACUUCCAAAAGCUGAGACUAAAUCUAACACUGCUUCAAUUAAAUAUAAUUUACAUAAAAAAGAAUAUGAUGUAUAUAACGAAAAUGAAUAUAGUUACGGAGAUUAUCCAAAACUACCAUUUAAAGGAGUAGAGUUACGAGAUCCACAUUAUCCUUAUGAUAAUCCUGAACAUAAAAGAAAUUUUAAUGAACCGGUCCAUGCUGAAAUAGAUAUGCUUGGUGAAAAUCGAUAUAGUGCAGGUGUUUACAAACAAUUAUCAUCUAAGUUUGCAGUUACUAUUUUGAUACUAUUAUUGGGAAGUCUUUACGGAUCAUCUUACAUAUUUAAAGAUUUUUUUGAUUUUCAACCAGUGUUAGGAAAACAAUAUCCAUGUAAAGAAAAGAUAUAUUAUACUUUUGAAAAAGUAAAUUAAGUAAUUAAAAAUUUAUAUUAAAAUAAGC